UCUUAUUUUGCGUUCAGUGUGCGCGGAAGCAGAGCUUCAUAUUGAGCACCUGCGCUUAAUAUAACAUUUUAGUAUGCUAUUUAUAAAGACAAAAAGUUACAUUUUGGACUACAAUAGAAAUUGAAAUAACGUGAAUAAAAAGUAGCCUAUUUCAACUGGAAACGGAGAAUUAAAGACCCAUUUAUACUUUUUAGACUUAAUUCAGUGGCACCAACGCCUAUUUAGUCCAGCCUAUAUGGUGCUGACAUUGUCACAAACCAUUGUCUAAAGCGGGGAUGAACCGAAUCCUUCCCCGCCCAAAUGAUGGUUGAUUUGGGAAGUAUUUCCGCCUAGAAGGUGCUGUAGAGCAACCGACAGCCAGUAGUGGCCAGCAGCAAACAGCAGCUACAGCGGUGGAUGUAGGAUCAGAGUCGGGGCGAAUCGGGGAUCCACUGUCAGAGGGGAAGGGGAGCAGAGGGACUCUCAACACUCACUGAAUCAUGGCUACUGAAACAGUGUCACCGGCAUGCACUGGAUCCAGUUUGCUGCAACCCAUAAGCGAAAUCAUCAAUCUCCCUCUCGACCAGGUGAACUUUGUUGUGUGCCAGCUGUUUGCCCUGUUGACAGCCUUCGGGUUCCGUCUCUAUCUCCAUCCCAGUAAGACCAGUCCCUUUGUCAGACAUGUGGUGGCCACGCUACUGGGAUUCUACUUUGCUCUCUUCUGUUUCGGCUGGUAUGCUCUCCACUUUCUGGUUCAGAGUGGGCUCACCUAUGGCAUCAUGAUCCUAACAGGAGUGGAACACAUGCACAAAUACUGUUUGGUGGUGGCCCUGGGGUAUCUAAGCUUCUGCCAGAUCACGCGUGUGUACGUCUUCGACUAUGGCAUGUACUCUGCUGACUUCACAGGGCCUAUGAUGGUGAUAACACAGAAGAUCACCAGCUUGACGUUUGAAAUCCACGAUGGAAUGUGCCGGAAAGAGGAGCAGCUGACUCCAAAUCAGAAAAUCCUGGCUAUAAAGAGAAUGCCCAGUCUGCUUGAGUACUUCAGCUACAACUGCAACUUCAUGGGCAUCCUGGCCGGCCCCACCUGCUCUUACAACGAUUACAUCGCCUUCAUUGAGGGUACGCCCUGCCGUCGCCAUAGAGACCAGCAGACAAAUGGGAAGGCCAAUGGCAGGCACAAACAAGCGGACCCCUCCCCAAACAUUGAAGUCGUCCGUAAACUGGCCACCUGUUUCUUCUCCCUCAUGGUUUUCCUGUCCGUGUGUAAAGUGUUCCCUGUGGAACGGAACAUCGACGACGACUUCAUCGCCACCACGCCCUUCUACGCCCAGGUGGUCUACCUCUACCUGUCCAUGCUGACCACCCGGCCCAAGUACUACUUCGUCUGGACACUGGCCGAUGCCAUCAACAACGCAGCAGGCUUUGGGUUCAACGGAUACACCAGCGACGGCUCACCACGUUGGGAUCUCAUCUCCAAUCUGAGGAUAACGGACAUUGAGUUUGCCACCAGCUUUAAGAUGUUCCUCGACAACUGGAAUAUACAGACGGCACAUUGGCUCAAAAGGGUGUGUUACGAGCGCUGUCCCUACAACCCCACGGCGGCUACCUUCAUCCUGUCGGCCAUGUGGCACGGAGCCUAUCCUGGUUACUACCUCACCUUCCUCACCGGCAUUGUGGUCACACUGGCUGCACGCGCCAUGAGACACAACGUGAGGCCACACUUUCUGGGCUCGCCGUCACACAAGCUAGUGUACGAUGUGAUCACGUGGGCGGGCACCCAGAUUGCCAUUUGUUACACUGUGGUGCCUUUUGUGCUGCUGUCUGUCGGGCCCUCUAUGAAGUUCUACAGGUCCUGGUACUUCAGCGUCCACAUCGGCUGUGUUCUCCUGGCCGUAGCCCUGCCAGUCAAGCCCCGACACCUGCGCCUGAAAGAGCAGCAGAAAGGCCUGCAUCUGGCCCCCAUCCUCUCCCACCUGGACUCCACCUCCACAGACAGCAACUGCAACCAGAAGACCAAGGCCACAUGAAGCAGAACCAGACCAGCUAACGGUGGACACACAGAGAGACUAGCACCGAGGACUGCAGGGGACUGUCCAACACUGUAUUAAAUCCACUUAUAAAGAGAGAGAGCGAGGUGGAUAGAGGAGUAGAUUCUAACAAACAAACUCUGACAAACCUGACCAACCUGCCUCUGUUUGUCUCUGUUUUGGAGUGGGAUGAUGAUUCUCAUUCAGUCACAUGGCACUGAGACUGAGCAGCAACCACACCAUGGAGGGUAGGAUGUAUGGCUUUGGGAUAUGUCCAAAAUGGCACCCUAUUCCCUAUUUAGUGCACUUCAAAGGGAAUAGGGUGCCAUUUGGGAUGCAACUCUACUGUAUUAUGAUGAUUUGUGUCUGGGGUGGAGUGGGAUGGAUGGGUCCCGGUGAUGAAAUGCCAGUAUUGUACUAUUACUGUAUUAUGGGAGUAUGCAGACUUGCCUUAUACCCUUUGUCUCUUUCUCCACAAUCUUUUUUUUCAGCUUUUGUGUAUCCUUCUCACAUUGGAUAUUGUCUGGGCUGUGUUUCUCACUUGAGGUGAACAGGUUUUAGUAUCAGGUGGGCGAGAUUGAAGUGUUCUCUCAGUUAACGGUGACAAAUUAGUGUUUUAGUCCUGGUGAAAAGCAAAUGUAAGUUAACUUCUCUAUGAUACAGGAAGUUAGAAGAAUUAAAGAGAAGGAAAACAAGAUGGCAGCGUCCUCAAUGUCUUUUUACAUGAUAUGAUUCAUAGUCUCAACAUGGAAUGUGUACAAAUUGCACCCCUUUCCCUACAUACAGCAGUACAGUUAUUUUGACCAAAGCCCUAAGGGCCCUGGUCAAAAGUAGUGCACUAUUUAGGGAUAUGGUGACAUCCAAGGACCUACUCCAGACUGUUUGCUUUUACUGAGUGAUGUUAUGGGCUGACUUCAAUGCCACUGCUGUUUUAUUCAGUUAAGUCAUUGUAUGCUUUUUACAUAACGGCACCAAGAGUAGUUACUAACUCCUACUUAUUCAUGAUUUAAGUGUGUCAGUAGUGUGAGAGGCAAGAUGGUGUAGUAUUUCCAUGUGUAGAGGUCAAUGUUUUGUCAUUUCAUGUACUUGUUAUUUAUGCGAUUCCAAUGGACUUGUGGUAUGUUCGACAAAGGUGAAAAGGUGGUGUUAAGGUAAGAAAAUCAACCUGUUAAGUUGGAGGUGAAAGGGACAACAUUACAGUAUUUAUGAACACUCCUCUUCUUCAGACAGUUCUGAUUCUAUUUUCAUUGCAGGGGGAAGUGAAAACUAAACCUACUUCUUCUUGAGUCUAUUGUGAGUUAACUAUGGUAAUUGUGAGAAACCUUUUCUUGGGGCCCUGGUGAAAGGAGAAUGGUGCGCUCAUCCUAACCCCUCAGCCAACCGCGCUACUUGUUCAUGUGGAUGAUGUGGAUGGUUUGUUUUUGUAUAUGAUGUGAUUAAAAGAUUGAUCUUUUCGCAA